AUGCGUAAGGGCAUUCGCACUGUUGAAAAUGCUUCUAAUGAGAAUCAAAUGAGUGAAGCAAUUGUUGCAUCAGUAAAGAAGACGCCUUUUCAUUGCGUACAAAUGGUUUCAGAGAAACUUAAGUUGCAUGAGACUCAAUUCGCUUCUCGUAUGAGGGACACGGACUGGAUUAGGGAACGUAUGGAAGACUCUCUCCGAGGUAUUUUGUUUGACUUGAAUUUUUUAAAAUACAUAAAUAUUCAAUAA